AUGCUCAUGUGGGAGCCCCACCCACCCACUCUUCCCACUGUGUCCAUGUCACUAGGUGGGGAGGGAAAGCUAGCCACCAGGUCAAACCAACACCCAGGCAGACAGAGGCUGUUUUAGGCCCACUGUUAUCAUUAGGGCUUCCUACUGCACCACUCCAUAUUGUUCCCCUUUUAAAAGUUUGUUCCUGUUUUGGUCCAUCGUCAUCCAGGCACAUAUAGAGGAGGUUUAUCACUGUCACUGAAUCAGAGUGUGUGAGGAUGGGGGUUGUGUGUGUGGGAGAGAAAGUGUUCCAACAAAGCCCUAAAUAUAGUGAGAUUGUCAGUGUGACGUAUUGAGGCUAAAAGCUGGUGAAUAAUUUGUCUAUUCCAACAAUUUCUCAUCCGACUUGCAAACUCAAUUAUGAAAAUGAACUGGGUUGUACUGUAGAGGUCUGAGCUCUAUCAUAGCUUCUCACUUCUGACCUGUAGCCCCCAGCUAGUCAGCUACUGCAACACCACCACUGUAUUGUACCUUACCAUAUUCUCAGUAUUUAACCAGGCAGAUGUCCAUUUGCAAAGUAGGUUAUUGAUUUGAUUUCAGCGUGAAAAUGAGGCCAAAGCAAGCAUGGAGCAAAGGUCACUGCAGAGUAAUGAUACUGAUCACAGUAGCUCAUAUUAAAAUGUAGCCCUUUGCCCUGGGCUCAGAGUCUGUUUUUCAGAACAUGAGCACUUCGUCAGUUAAUUAAUUUUUCAACCCUGAUCUUUGACAAUAUCAAGCCUACUUCACAGUAUCAUGAACUACAAGGAAACAAGCACAAUAACCGCUACAGUUGCUUUAGGACCAAACUGAAUGCACCAGAUACAUAUUGUAGCUAAGAAGGGUGUACAUAUAGACCUGACCAAUGUUCUACCAACUGAGCUACACAGGGCUCAUGUGUCUGAAGGUACAAACUCUGCAAUCCCGGCAGGCCCAGAGAGCAAAUCAAGUGCACUAUAGGCCUUCCGCUGGCCAAUCGGAUGGCUCAGACGACCGUGUCUGCAGUAACGUAGCAGCCAUUAAAGAAAGCUACAGCAAAGUUGAUACCGUGAGAUUUCAAAACGUUUAAAAACCAAGACUAGAGAGAGACUGUCAACAAAUACAGCAAAGAGAUGAGUUCAUGUUUAAGUUCUCACUCAGCACUGUCAACACUUUGUAUUCAACACUUUUAUAAGACAUAAAAUGGGCGUUCUUCCUAUUUCCACUCAGCGCUACAAGCACUGCUGCAGUAAUGAAUGAGUAGGAAAUUGUAUCUAUAGGCUUGCGUUGUUGUUAUUAGCGGCUUGUUUUUUAAUUUUUUAUAUCGAGGAAUAUUUCACUUUCUCUGUUAAUGAGGCAGAAGUAAUGCAGUGCGACUCGAGUGUUGCCAUCAGCUGGAAGAGGGUUUCCCUUUUUGGUCAGUGUCAGUGGAGGAAAGGGGGAGCGGAGGGAUGUUGAGAGGCGGACCCUCAGUCUGCCGCUCUCUCCCUCCGCUGAGACUGACCAUCAGAUGCAGUCACCAUCAGCCCAGUACAAUAAAAAGCAAAUGAUUUAAAUGUAUGCUCACUCAGCUGUGCUUCACAAGUAAUACGACAACGGAUCUAUUACCGGUGUGAUCAUAUAGCCUACCUCAAUUUGUUUUAUAUAAUUUUAAAAAAUGGCCAUAACAACAAUGCAUUUAUUGGCGAAGCAAUUCAAGCAAAGCCAAUUUGCAGUGAUAAUGUAUUGGGGCUAUAGCUUACUGCACAAACCUCAUUGCUACAGUACUGUUUUUAAUUGGUUAAUGUUGCAUAUGCUUACGUUUUUUAAGUCAUGUUAAAAGAAAAUCUGAGCGGUAGAUCUCGGCUUGCAUUUUGACUCAAAGUGAUCUUGACUCAGGAAAGGUUAGUGACCAUUGUUCUAGAGUUUUCCCUGUUAACACUAUCAACGUUUCCCUUUACUGUGGCAAUUGUGAUCGAAUCAAUGCAAUAUUAGCCACAUUCAAUGGAACAUACAAAACGAACUAUGCAAGAGUUUUGUUGUAGUCAGAACGCAUCGGAGUAGGAUUCUAUUGCAUUGACACGCACUACUCAGCCCGUACUUUACACAGACCGGUGUGGCAUAAACUAUCAGAGCUGUAGUAGGCCUAUAUGCAAAUAGACCAUUGGCAUAUAUGGAUCUGUGCCAUUUACUUUGAACUGGACUGUGUUUACAGCAUGAGCGGUCGUGUGUAGAUGCGUUUGUUUUGAGAUCAAAGUGAGAGCUGCAAAUUCAUAUCCUUUGCUAGUUAGUGAUUUAUUAGCCCAUUUAUAGAUCAUUUUUAGUCAGCAAUAGGGGAGUGUUUGCUUCGUACAAAAGCACAAAACGUGUACAUUUCUAGACAUCUUUGAAAAGAGAGUCAAGUAAAGAGCUUUUUUUUUGUCUUAAAGGGGCAGUGUUGUAUUUUUGAGACAGGCUUGAAUAUGCUAAGUAGCCAAUAGGUAGAGGGUAGCAUAAUUUGUCUGAUUCCCUGUAAUAAUGGUAACCUCCUUGUCUGAAGGUUAAUGUCAAGCCCUGCAUGUUUUUUUUCUUUCAAAAGUCUCAUGGAAUGUAGGCCUACAUUGAACACCACACAUUGGCUGUUACUGUAGGCUGAAUGAUAGAACAGCUAUUUCCAUGUUAAAAUGUUAUGGGAUGCAUUUUCUCCAUUAUUUAUGAUGGUAGGCCACGCUGGUAGGCCUACAUUAUGAUCAAAUAGCCCCAGUAGCCUAUAUGGCCACUGUUAAAACUGCAACUUAUAGUGGGUACAGCCUCAGUGUUCAUAGUAAACGCGCGCUGGAAGUUGCACAGAAUUGUCACAAUGUUCACGUUUGUGCUCAGCACACCUGAAAUUUGUUCACCUGCGAUUUUAUUUUGAGGGAACAUUGGUCCUGACCGGGGCUUGAACCUGGCACCUUGCGACUGUCAACCCUACACCUUAGCCAUUACGCCAAGAGAGCCAAACCUUUUGACGAGGUCGCUAGGUUGUAAGCUCACUACAAUAUAGUAGGUAACUCUAGUUGGGGGAGUUUUAAAGCGAUGCUAAAAGUGUUAGCCCUGGGCCAUGUGUCGUACAGCUGUCUCCUUUGUUAGUCUAACAGUCAGCAUGUAAGAGACCUGAGUUGAAUUAUUCAAAGCUGUAAGAGCUUGUCCUGGUACUUAGUACUUACCCCAUAGUUAUAGCCCACCAGCUUUCUCUUUAUCCCUCUCUGGGAGUGGAUGGGAGAGAUGGAGUAGUUUACAGUGGGUUACAGUACUAUGUGAGAUAUACAGGUAACUGACAAAAUAAAGUAAACCCCAACAUAAAGUGUCUUAAUAGGGUGUUGGGCCACCACGAGCCAGAACAGCUUCAAUGCACCUUGGCAUAGAUUCUACAAGUGUCUGAAACUAUAUUGGAGCGAUGGACAACAUUCUUCCACAAGAUAUUCCAUCAUUUGGUGUUUUGUUGAUGGUAUGGAAAACGCUGUCUCAGGCGCCGCUCCAGAAUCUCCCAUAAGGGUUCAAUUUAGUUGAGAUCUGGUGACUGAGACGGCCAAGGCAUAUGGUUUACAUCGUUUUCAUGCUGAUCAAACCAUUCAGUGACCACUCAUACCCUCUGGAUGGGGACAUUGUCAUCCUAUGGGAGCAUAGCCAUGGUAGCCAAAGGAAUGGCCUUCCCCCACAUUUUUAUACAUGACCCUAAGCAUGAUGGCAUGUUAAUUGCUUAAUUAACUCAGGAACCACAACUGUGUGGAUGCACCUGCUUUCAAUAUACUUUGUAUACCUCAUUUACUCAAGUGUUUCCAUUAUUUUGGCAGCUACCUGUAUCUCUCUGACCUGGGGUUGUGUCCUGUCCACAUAUGUACUUACCCUACCCUACUAUACUACCGGCAGCAGUUCCCUCUCCCUCAUAAACCCAGUGUGGAGUGGAUGGGGGAGAUGUAGAGGACAGGAGUGAUUUACUGUGGUUUACAGUAAUAUGUAAGUCAUUUUCUAUGGCCUGGGGUCGUGUCCAGUCCACAUCUGUUCUACAUCAUCUACAUAGCGUCUUGGCCUAGCACACAUGGUGGAGACCUUAAUAAUAAAAGACAAAAACAAGUGUACAGGUAGGCAUAGAUACUGUACAGAGACAGACAGACAGAUAGAUAGACGUAGAAGACGGAUGGAUGGAUGGAUGGAUGGAUGGAUGGAUGGAUAGAUAGAUAGAUAGAUAGAUAGAUAGGAAAAGACAGAGAGGCACAUGCAAGUAGAGAAGAAUGUGAGACAGAGCGAGAGAGAGGGAGUUGGCAGGCCAGUUUGGGGACGUGUUGCAAGACCGAGAGCAGGUGGAUGUUUUGGACAGACGGAGAGACAGAAAAGACAGAUGGGCAGACUGAUUGACAGAACAACUUGAUAAACAAGCCGUUUGGCAGGGUGCUGGCAGGGUAACGGAGAGAAUGAGGGAACACGUCACAGGGGAGAUUAACAGAUGGAUGGAUGGAUGAAGGGCAUAAAGAAUGAUAGAACAAAUUAGUGUUGAAUUAGAGGAGAGCACCUGGCAUCAUCCGAUCUAUAAUCAGACUAUUUUACUGUUGUGUUGAAUUCUAUGCUAAAAGCUAUUCAGCGCUGUAUGCUAACAGAGUGGGGCAUCAGACAGAGUCUUUGUGCUGACUGUGACUGUUUAGCGCUAAUGCUAACACAGCAUUGAUUUGACUGGGUGCUGAGCGCUAGGCUGCUACGCUAUUUAACUAUUCAUAUCUCUUUGUUGACAAUAUACUGUAUGUACUGUAUGUAAAUAAACAAAAUGGUUAUUAUUAUUUGCUUUAUAGCUUUACAUUAUUAAUAUGUCACUUGAUUAGCUUUGGGCUAAUAGAUACUCUAGAUACUGAGCCAGUACACAAGUCUCUGUGCUACUGGCCCUUUGUUGAGUUAGCUGGAUGCUAACUAUGCUAACUCUCGCUCCUUCUCCUCUGUGUGUUGAGUUAGCUGGAUGCUAACUAUGCUAAUUCUCUCUCCCUCUCCUUGUGUGUGUUCCAGGAAAGCCCCACAGCAUCGAGAGCUCGGAGCGCGUGCAACUGUCAGGGACGUAUAACGUCCGCAAAGGGAAACUCCAGCUGCCAGUCAACCGCUGGACCAGACGGCAGGUGAUCCUGUGUGGCACCUGCCUCAUUGUCUCCUCCGUCAAAGACAGCCACACGGGCAAGAUGCACAUCCUGCCCCUCAUCGGAGGAAAGGUACAGUAAAACACAGGACUGCUGUUACUGACACUAUAGAAAUGGAAUGACUAGAAUAGACAUUCCCAUUCAAGUCAAUGUUCUGUGACUGUUGGACCGGCAGCCAUAUUGAGUGUACUUAUGCCAGGAAGUAAAAUCACGAAGUUCAUUCUAAUUCUAUGACACCAAUGUGGCAUCCACAAACCUUCCUUUACUGUUACAUCACCAGCUUUCCAUUUCCAUUUGUCUUCAUUCUUGACUCCGUCUCAUCAGUGUGUCUUCAUAGAGAUAAAUCAACAGUCAAUAUCAAAUCAAAUCAACAGUCUUGGUGAAGGGCCAAUAAGCCAUCGUUGCAAAUCCAUGUUUAAUCUUCCAACAUCUUAUUUCAUAUCUGCUUUCCCCACAUCAAGUACUCUAUACCCUAAAUGGAUUUUCGGCCUUUAUUCACUUUGUCCUCCAAUUUAAAAGUCUUAUCGUGGUUCUGCCUAGUUCAGGCUGGAUCCUCACGAAUACAUUUUCUGGCAUGGGAUUUCACAUUCAAAUCUAAUCAAAUUGUAUUUGCCACAUGCGCCGAAUACAACAGGUGUAGACAUUACAGUGAAAUGCUUACUUACAAGCCCUUAACCAACAAUGCAGUUUUUUAAGAAAAAAAAUAAAAGUGUUAAGUAAAAAAUAGCAAAUAAUUAAAGAGCAGCAGCAAAAUAAAAUAACAGUAGGGAGGCUAUAUACAGGGUGUACCGGUACAGAGUCAAUAUGCAGGGGCACUCCCAAAAAGGGAGUUAGGGAACGGAGCCUUUGGUUAAUGACUGUUGUGGCUUUAUGGCUGUGUAUCGGCAGCAGGGAAAGACAGACAUGUCAUGGUUGCAAGUCAUGCUUGCAACCAUGUUCAUAACUGUAUGUGCAUGCAUGUUCGUGUAUGUCUAUGUUUACGCAGCCUAAGGCCAUUUAAUAUGAACAUCUGAACCUUGUAGCUCGUGCUGAUGACAUCACUAAAUUGAACCAUGAUCUGUAACGUGGAAGCCAUUUAAAAACAGGGACUGUCUUGUGUACUGAAAAAGUCCUGUAUGUGUUAUUUUUUCCUAUAGGUAUGUGUGGUUUCUGUAUGCAAUCGAUAUUUGUUCAGUCAAUUAUCUUGUUUGUCUGACCGUGGAGGUGCGUGUGUUGUCGUUGUCGUGUCUAAUUGGCGAUUUGUUUUCCAAGAAUGGUUAUGAAAAUGUCUGUUUAUCUUGAAUGUGUGACUUACCCUGGAGGUGUGAACUGAAGGUGUGUGUUUGUUAAUUCUGUCUCUUGGCCUAACGGUGUGUGUGUGUGUGUGUGUGUGUGUGUGCAGGUGGAGGAGGUGAAGAAGCACAGCCACUGCCUGGCGUUCAGCUCAGCAGGGCCCCAGAGCCAGACCUACUACGUCAGCUUUGACAGCUUCACCGAACACCUGCGCUGGCACCGACACGCAGCCAAGGUACGUCCGUGUGUAUUUGUGUGUGUGCAGAGGAGUACAGUUCGGAGUGGAACAAUAGCUCUCUCUCUCUAUCUUUCUCUUUCUCUCUCACUCACACAAACGCUCACUCUCCUCUGAUCUCUCAUCCAAACUGAAGUAGGCCAAAGCCAGGAAACCUAUUUAAUAAAUAUUAUCAGGGACGAGCGUGUCAUGGAAGCCCAGGGGAACACUCAGAAUAGAACCUAGGAGGAGGAAGAGGAGGAGGAGGAAGAGUGGCACGAGCAGUAGUCAAGGCCUGGAGAGUAGCUAGUUAACCGUGUUCAGUAAGGGAAGUAUUGUAAAGUACAGUAGUAAGGAAAGUAUAGUGGAACUGGAGAGUAUAGGACAGAGAAUGUAGCAGUAAGGAUAGUAAAGGAGAGCAGUGUUUCCCAUCUGCAGUCCUCGAGUGACCCCAUCAGUACACAUUUUUAUUGAAGCCCCGGACAAACACACCUGAUUCAACUUUUCAACUAAUCAUCAGGCCCUCAAUGAGUUGAAUCAGGUGAGUUUGUCUGGGGCUACAAGGUGUGCUGUUGGGGGUACUUGAGGACUGGAGUUGGGAAACACUUUGGUAGAGGGUAUAAUAAGGAGAGUAUAGUGGAACUGGAGAGUACAGUAGAGAGUAUAGUAGUAAGGAGAGUAUAGUAAGGAGAGUAUAGUGGAACUGGAGAGUACAGUAGAGAGUAUAGGAAGGAGAGGAUAGUGGAACUGGAGAGUACAGUAGAGAGUAUAGGAAGGAGAGUAUAGUGGAACUGGACUAAGUGUUCAGUUGGUGUAGGACUGGCCAUUAUAUGCUAUGACAGAUAACAGUAGAUAUACAGUAAAUAUACAGUAGAUAACAUGAGGAGGCCUGUUAUGUCCUGUCUCACUCACGGUUGACUUCCUGCCUUUCUAAUCUUAAGACACUUGACCUGACACACACACACACACACCCGCGCACACACACACACAAUCCCCCCCCCCCCCCCCCCCAGUCACACACACAACCCAGCAGAGUCCAGAUAAUAAUGUUUGACACCAGGUUUCCCCUUUCUCUCCCCUCCCCCGGUGGGUCAGAUGGUGUCCCAGAGGAUCAACUCUGUGGACCUGUCCUGCUGCAGUCUGGAGCAGCUGCCUCCCAACCUCUUCUACAGCCAGGACCUCACCCACCUCAACCUGAAACACAACUUCCUCCCCACAGACCAUCGUCUACACCAGCUACAGAGGUAGGUGGUACGAUCCAAGGGAAUUGGGCACUCAGGGCUGGGCAGGAAUGAUAUAGGAUGGGAUGGGUCUCAAGAAGGGGUGGGGUUGGCUUGUCCUGGUUAAGUUGCUCUGCCUGGACAGAUCUGAGCAUGGCAUGGUUUGGCUUGGUUAAGUUGGCUUAGUAAAGAGUUGGACUGGGUCACAAUUAAGGUAGGGCUGGAGCUGGAUUGGGCUAGACUAGACUGAACAAGCCUAGAUUGGAGUGGACUUGGCAGAAUAGUGCUGGGCAGUGUCAGUGGCCUUUGGUUGGGCAGACUUGAGCUGCUUAGGACCGGGCCUAGCGGAACUGGGCAGGGUAAGGCUGGCCUGAGCUGGGAUGGUCAAACAGACUGAGUUGGGCAGGACAGCAGGACAGGACAGGGCCUAGUUGAGUUGGCCUGUCUGUCCAGGUCUGAGUGAAUGGAGUCUAGUAGGGUAGCCCAGACCUGUCUGCCUCUGCAGGGAGGCUUUUAAUAUGGCCUGGCUCCCUCACUCUCCCUCUCAGUACUGCUCAGUGGGCACCAUCUGGCCCCAGAUUAAAGCACACAGCCAAGAUGUACUGGACACUGUGUGUGUGUGUGUGUGUGUGUGUGUGUGUGUGUGUGUGUGUGUGUGUGUGCGCGCGCGCACGCCUGUCACUGCCUGUCUUAGGAAGCUAGCCAGAAGAUGAUUUUUCAUUUAACUGCACGUGCAAGUGUGUAUGUAUAUUUGUAUCCUUGUACUCUAUGAUGAUAGAGAGACCGAGGACUAGAGUGGGGGAUUGUAUGUGUGCGUGAGAGAGAAUAUUGAGUUGCGUGUGUGAGAGAGACAGACAGAGCGUGUGUGAGACAGAGAGGGUGGUUGAAGGCAGGCUGCAGAAUUGGGGCAUGCAGAAUCUUGAAACAGUGGGUUGCUGUUUGAUCACUGCAGAUUAGAGUAGUGUGUGCAUGUGCCCGUCUGAUCCUGCCUGAAUAUGUGCCAGGACUGUCAACAUUAUACGAGGCUCUGGCAAAUCAUAAUUAUCUGCCAUUUCAUAUUCUAUAUCCUGGCUAAUGCAGGGGAUAAUUCGAAUUUAAAAGACGGACAUGACAGAUGAAAAGCUGCUAGUUUGGAGAUAAAAGGAUAUGAUGGGAUAUGGAGGUUGUUUAUGUAUGAGGGUUUAAUUGCUACAUAGCAUCCCUGCUGGGCAUCAGACUCACACAAUGUACUAAUGAGUAUGACCUACAUUAGUAGGGUCACUUGUAUUUACAGUUUUUCUCAAUUGCUAAAACACAAUUUCUGAAACCUUGCUCCAUUUCCUGAAAACAUUAAACACAAAACCUCAUCUUCAAGCACUAUUUACAAAACCUCUGACUCCUUUUGCAAAAUGAAACAUUCGCCUCAAAACAGUUUUACCUGUGUUCAAAAUCAAACACUGCUCUCAAAUCAUAAACAAAGUGAUCAAAAUGAUAUACACUCUCAAGCAGUCAGUAAACAAUACACCGAAAAAUAGAUAACACAUUGUUCAAAACUUAGUUACAUUUUACAUUACAUUUUAGUCAUUUAGCAGACGCUCUUAUCCAGAGCGACUUACAGUUAGUGAAUACAUAUUUUUUUUAUACUGGCCCCCCGUGGGAAUCAAACCCACAACCAUGGCGUUGCAAACGCUAUGCUCUAUCAACUGAGCUACAUCCCUGGGCCAAUUGUGCACCGCCCAUGAGUCUCCCGGUCACGGCCGGCUGCGACAGAGCCUGGAUUCGAACCAGGAUCUCUAGUGGCACAGUUAGCACUGCCAUGCAGUGCCUUAGACCACUGCGCCACUCAGGAGAAUCCGAUUGAUCUAAGGAGUAAACAUGUGAUCAAUGUGCUUCUUCUUGUCUUUGGGCUGGGUCAGGCCAGAGCACUUUGUCGACAUCACAAGCAAUAUUGUCCCUCCUGAGGCAACGGGGGAAGAAGCCUCUUGUAGCUCAGUUGGUAGAGCAUGGCGCUUGCAACGCCAUGGUUGUGGGUUUGAUUCCCGCGGGGGGCCAGUAUGAAAAAUGUAUGCACUCACUAACUGUAAGUCGCUCUGGAUAAGAGCGUCUGCUAAAUGACUAAAAUGUAAAUGUAGAUGUAUCCAGCCCUGACAUGAUUCCUCACCUAUAUCACCACAGGCUAAAUCCAUGGUUCUCAGGGAGAAGUACAUUUUUAAUCUCAAAACAAAUUUCAUAUUUUUCCGUCAUUGUCUUUUGAUGAACGAAAACAUGUUCUAUCAUAGUAGCUCAAAAUUUAUCAGAAAUUACUACUCUGCUUUGCUCUUUGCAAUUUUGUUUUUUGUUCUUCCUCCUCCUUGUACCCCUAUUUUUACAGUACUGUACCCUGCAUCUCACAAACUUGUCCUUUGUCUCUGUGAUACUGUAAUUCUUGUUCUUUGUUGAUAUGAACCUGCAACCAGUCAAAAUCUAUUGAGCAGUCAGUACUGUUAACAAAUGGAAAGCACAAUGUUCAGGGCCAUACAAUUUGUCCAUUGUACAGUAUACAGCCUACAAUGCACUGUACUACAGUAUACAAUACUAAAAGGGACAAAAAUCUAAGGAGUAAACAUGUGAUCAAUGUGCUUCUUCUUGUCUUUGGGCUGGGUCAGGCCAGAGCACUUUGUCGACAUCACAAGCAAUAUUGUCCCUCCUGAGGCAACGGGGGAAGAAGCCUCUUGUAGCUCAGUUGGUAGAGCAUGGCGCUUGCAACGCCAUGGUUGUGGGUUUGAUUCCCGCGGGGGGCCAGUAUGAAAAAUGUAUGCACUCACUAACUGUAAGUCGCUCUGGAUAAGAGCGUCUGCUAAAUGACUAAAAUGUAAAUGUAGAUGUAUCCAGCCCUGACAUGAUUCCUCACCUAUAUCACCACAGGCUAAAUCCAUGGCUUGCAGCAUAUUUAUUCUGGUGUAGGGUUGUCUAUCAUACACUUUCCAUCUCCAAGAGGAGAAAAACUCCUCAAUCGGAUUCAGGAAAGGCGAGUAUGGAGGGAGGUACAAGUUCAUAAACUGCCCAUUGAUGUUAAACCAUUCCCUUACCUGAGCAGCUCAGUGGAAACUGACAUUGUCCCACACUAUCACAUAGGUGGGGAUGGGAUUCUCAUUUAGGUCUUGACCCUGCUGCUCUUGAACCUGCUGCUCAAAUAAAAUAUAUCUUAGAAGGUGCUGGGUGUUAUUUGGCCCGAGUGUAACAUUGUGAUGUAGAACACCAUGGUUGCUGAUAGCAGCACAGAUUGUGACAUUGCCACCUCGUUGACCAGGGACUUCAACAAUGGCCCGCUGUCCAAUCAUGUUUUGGCCUCUCCUUCUCCUCUUUGUUAGAUUGAAGCCUGCUUCAUCGACAAAGAUGAACUCAUGGGGUCUGUCCAAGGAUUCCAAGUCAAAUAUUGUCUGUGUAGAAAUACAAUAAACUGUGUAGGAUUUUGUAAGUCGUACAGAGACAGUGCUAUACUGUAGAGUACAAUUAGGCCUACUGUAUGCACUUCUAAUUCACAUACAUUGUAUGUACUGAAGAGUAAUGUCAUUCACAUAGUAUGUAUUAGUACUGUAGACAAUCUGUAUUACAGUAAAUGUUUCUGAAUGUACACUUACUUGCACAUACUGAGCUCGCAGUUCUUUCACCCUUGGUGAGUUGUGCUCAAAAGGUACUCUGUAUACUUGUUUCAUUCGCAUCCUGUUACGAUGGAGGACACCGUCAAUUGUGGAAAUGCUCACACUGUCGAUUCCCUGGAAGUGUGUGUUGUCUUGUAUCACUCGUUCCUGGAUUUCUCUGAGUCGUAUUGCAUUAUCUUGAAGGACCAUGCCAACUAUAACGGCCUCUUGCUCCCGAGUGAAUAUAGCUGUCCUUCCACCUGCAUGUGGCAGCCUUGCAAUUCUACAAAAGGUAGUUGUGCAGUUACAAAACAUAUUUAUGCAGUACAAUACAUACAGUGAUUAACUUUACAAAUGUCUAUUGAAACAGCUGCAUAUAGUGUGGUACAAUAAAUUUGCAAUUACAAAAAUACAGUAGUAUACUGUACCUGUUCUCUUCUCUGAAUGUCCUUACUAUGGUGGACAUAGAAAAUCGGCUCAAAUUGGGUUGCACUCUAAGUCCUGCUUCCCUCAUUGUCAGUCCAUGGACAAGAACAUGGUCUAUGACUGUUGCUCGAAUUUCAUCAGAUAUUUCCACUCUUUGUCUUCCUCUUCGUCCUCCUCUUCCUCUUUCUUGCCCUCCUCCUCGUCGCCCACCUCGCAUACGCACUCGUCCUUGUGCUCUCACAUAGUUUAUUUUAUCCAUUCUCAGACUUUCUCCUUCCCACCUUCAACAACCUGUUUGCUCUCUGAACUGGCUUAUAUUGGUUGUGUCGCUUCAUUUGAAACAGGUUAAAUCAAUUUUGAGUGGUUGUGUUCAAUCAAUGACAUUUGUUCUCUAUUUGUAUUUGAUUGUUGCCACUUGUGUUUACCAGUAUGGAUGACACGUGCAUUAGAGUGCAGAGUGUGUUUUGAGAAUGAGAAUGUGUUUAGAGUUUUGCUGAAAAGUCUAAGUGAGAUCUGCAAAUUGUGUUUUACCAUGUGAAAUGGUUUAAGGUUUUGACAACAGACUGCAUAAUUAGCUACAUGAGUCCAGGCAACUGAGAACUUUGUUCAGCCAAUGGGUUUUUGUGUUUUAGCGAUUGAGAAAAGAGAGAGAGAGAGAGAGAAGAGAGAGAGAGAGAGAGAGAGAGAGAGAGAGAGAGAUAGAGAGAGAGAGAGAGAGAGAGAGAAUGACAUAGAGAUGAGGACAUGAGAGAGAGAGAGUAGACGAGAGGAGAGAGAGAGAGAGAGGUGGCAGAGUAUAAGAGAGAGAGAGAGCGAGCUGCUGAGCUAGGAGAGCAGAGAUAGCAGCGAGAGCUACUAUUAUCUCAUCGACGAUUGCCUCUUCUGCGAGAGAUCGCAGUUCUCGAGAGGAGAGAGGGAGGAGAGAGAGAGAGAGAGAGAGAGAGAGAGAGAGGGUGGGAAAUAAAGAAGUGCGAUUAUUAUUGAUGAACGUUUGAAGAUCUUGAAGAACGAUCUGGCCUUAAUGGCCAUGUACUCUUAUAAUCUCCACCCGGCCCAGCCAGAAGAGGACUGGCCACCCCUCAGAGCCUGGUUCCUCUCUAGGUUUCCUCUUAGGUUCCUGCCUUUCUAGGGAGUUUUUCCUAGCCACCGUGCUUCUACAUCUGCAUUGCUUGCUGUUUGGGGUUUUAGGCUGUGUUUCUGUAUAAGCACUUUGUGACAUCUGCUGAUGUAAAAAGGGCUUUAUAAAUACAUUUGAUUGAUUGAUUGUCACAAAAAAAAUGUGCGUUUUAUAGCGAAUGUGCCACUCUGGACUUGGCACGUAGCUGUAGCCAACAGCUCCCAGAUACAGUGUGGGUGUAUAGCCUACAUGAUGAGAUUAUUAUGGACAAAAUAGCAAGAUUAGUUUUAUUUGUCAAAUGGCAGCCAAGCAUCGAUCAUCAUGUCACCAGAGUAAGACCCUCAAUAUUUAUUGGUUAGGAGCAUCAAGCUCAUCACCGUGCACUUUCACCACCCUGUGAAGUUCAUCAUAAUUUAUAUAAUCUGGAGCCUAAUAAACGGCAUUCUUUCCCGAGUCGUAGUGGGAGGACCACACAACAUAUCGUCGCGUGACUCUAAGUUUACUUCAAUAUGAUGGUUAUUAUAUCAAUAUUUGUGCAUAAAGGCGUUUCCACCACCAUUUCUUGCAUAAUUAAUUGUACAGACAGAAAAAGAUCCCACCUUGUCUAGCGUAUUUUGUUUUAUCGACAUUUGGAAAGUUUACUGACAAAUGUUGUGUUUCCAUCAGGCCUGCUGUGACAUUUUCUAUCCAAAAGUUUGGAUGGAAACCUGGUUUGUUCUCCUUUUUGUUUCCCUAUAAACACUGGGUUUCUGUCACAUCAUGGCUUCUGACUAGUUAGUAUUUUUCCAGGUAGUGUCCCUCCUCUCUCUUUCCCCCUCCCUCCCUCGUUAUUUAUUUAUAUCUCUCUCUAUCUCUCUCUCUCUCACCUCCCACUCUCACCUCCCACUCUCACCCCCACUCUCGUCCUUCAUAACUUUUAGGUAGCAUUAUAAAUAUGAGAACGAAAGAGACAGAUAGAGAGAGGGGGAGAGAUAGACAGAGGGGGGCAGAGAGAGAGGGAGGGAGAAAGAGAGCGAUAGAGAGAGGGGGGCAGAGAGAGGAAGUAUGUGUAGUGUUAGUCAGCAGAUUUGAGCUGGUGAUCUACAGUAGCGCAGGGCUGUCCCAGCCUCCUUGUCUCGUUCAGCUCCUCUAGGAGGACACCUCCCUCCCUCCCUACCUCAGCUGGAAUUAAAUGGCAAAUCAAUAGCCCUGUCAUCUAGCUUCCCUUUUUCUUCUAACACAUGAUGAAGGGGCUGGCUCGCUGGCUGUGUGCGUGUGUGAGCGUGUGUGUGUGUGUGUGUGUGAGCGAUUCAAAGCAUUACCAGACUAAAAGGCAGCAAACUAUGAGGUUAUCAGCUUUGAUGCUAACAUGGCAAUUGGCCCAUGAGUGGUGGGGCUAUGUGCCAUCCCCUCAAUCUCCUGUCCCUGUCCCCUUUCCCAUGUAAGGGUGACUUGACUGAAGGUCACUGCUGUACCAUAGGACACAAAGCCAAAUGCCACUAGCCUCUGGUGUUGCUACUGACAACACACGCUCUGCCUGUUUUCUCAACAUGACAAUUCAUUUGUAUUUUCAUUUCAACUGUUGAGUCAGACCACUGACUUUGCUAACUCCACAAUAUCACAGAUAUGUGAUAUUUAACAAUUUACCAUAGUAUGACCGAGGAACAGAAAAGGUCAGUCGAAGACCCAUAGUGUUUUGAGGUUUGUUUUCAACUUUGGGAGCAUUCUAACAGAGUGCAAUUACUCUUAUAACAGUGUGGUUACAUGCGCACAGCAGCACACUGCUCUUGAACCAACAAGCUACAUAAUACAUAUUAUAAACUGGGUGGUUCGAGCCCUGAAUGCUGAUUGGUUGAAAACCGUGGUGUAUCAGACCGUAUACCACGGGUAUGACAAAACAUUUAUUUUUACUGCUCUAAUUAUGUUGGUAACCAGUUUAUAAUAGCAAUAAGACUUCUCGGGGUUUGUCAUAUAUGGCCAAUAUACCACGGCUAAGGGCUGUGUCCAGGCGCUCCACGUUGCGUCGUGCAUAAGAACAGCCCUUAGCUGUGGUAUAUUGGCCAUAUACCACACCUCCUCGGGCCUUAUUGUUUAAAUAUACUAGUCAUAACCUCUCUCUCUCCUCCUCCUCCCUCUUCUCCUUCUCUCUGCCAGGUUCUCUCGUCUGCGUAGCCUCAAUCUCUCUAAUAACCAGCUGGGUCAGUUCCCCAUGGCCAUCUGCGACAUCCCCACCCUCACCGAGGUCAACCUCAGCUGUAACUACCUGACCAACGUGGACCAAACUGUGGGAUCCAUGACCAAGUAAGAACCAGGAAGUGUCUAGGGGUCAAUGGCACCCUAUAGAGUACCACAGUAUGAGUCAUAAUACCCAUAAAACCUAGCAGUCAAACAGGGAAAUGGUUCCAAUCGUUUUUCCACCAUUCGUUUUUCCUAUAGGGGAUAAGCCUACACGAAACACAUCCCUCUAACCUUCAACAUGAAGUAUCAGUGGUUAGUGUGAGUUUCUACCUAUCUACCCCAGACACAGGAGACAAUUGGAUAGGUUCUGAAAUAUCAUAGAUAUAUUAAAUAUGUUAAAUAUUUCAGAUGAUUGUCUGAUGAUCUGAUGGUAACCUGAAGUGUAUGCAGAAUGAACUGAUAGGAAAAAUGAUAGUAGUUCACGUGGGGUGAUAAUUUAGGACAGGAAAGAGAAACUGUGAUAAGGUGAUGCCUGCUUCCUCUCAGCAGCAGCAGUUUAGCUGAUCACCUCUCAUCUAAUGGAAGGAUCUGGAAUACAGCCUGUGAAUUCCUCAGUAUGCCCACUGAGCCUCAAUGCUACUACUGCCACCUCCUGGUUGUAGAGAGAUAGACCUUAGGAUCAGAAUGUGGAGAAGAAUGUUGUUCAAAAGGGACUUAACUGUUUGUAAUGAAGCUCUUUUGAUUGUACUUGAUCACCAUGCAUUGGACAGGGAAUCUUAAAAGAACAGAUAAAUUGCUGUCUUCUCACAUCAUGCUCACCUCUCUCUCUCUCUCUCUCUCUCUCUCUCUCUCUCUCUCUCCCUUUCUCCAGUCUGCAGACGUUUCUCCUGGACGGUAACUGUCUGAGUGAGUUACCCAGUGAGCUGGGCUCACUCCAGAGACUGGGCUACCUGGGCCUGUCCUUCAACCAGUUUACCCACGUGCCUCAGGUGCUAGAGCGUCUGGUGUCCAUGGAGAGGCUGUGUAUGGCCGGUAACAGCCUGGACACACUGGUGCUGCAGAACUUCAGACUACUCCGGGUCAAACACGUCGACCUACGGUACGCGGCUAGAUAAACAGAUGUAGAUAGACGGACGGACAGAGAGACAGGCAGACAAACUCUAUUCAGAUCCUUUCUACAGCUCAUGUUAAAGAAACAUUUUGUAAUCCAGGCACAGAGUACACAGACAUCAAGCUUUGCACCCAGGCCAAAACAUUUGGUGUCCCGUUUUUUCCAAUUGCAUGUACAGUAAUGGCAGAUGCAUGCAACUUGGUCACCAGAUGAACACCAUGCGUGUUUUGGCCAUUCUUAUGAUCUCUACCCGGAAUCACGUCUAAACACCUGGUGUGAAACAUUCAAUCUCACUGAUGUUGGUCACAAUCCAAUCACAGAAUGCUUAUAAUCCCAUGCAUGUUUAGACAUUUGGGUGUUGCCAGCCAGACACAUGUUUGACUGGAGUUAUCGCUCUAUCGCAAAACUCAAACAUUGAGAGGAAACUAUACUAAACUGUAUGGAACAGAACCAGGCUAAACAGAAAGUCGGCAUGGAACAGAACCAGGCUAAACAGAGAAUAAGAGUGGAACAGAACCAGGCUAAACAGAGAGUCAGCAUGGAACAGAACCAGGCUAAACAGAAAGUCGGCAUGGAACAGAACCAGGCUAAACAGAGAAUAAGAGUGGAACAGAACCAGGCUAAACAGAGAGUCAGCAUGGAACAGAACCAAGCUAAACAGACAGUCAGAUGGAACAGAACCAGGCUAAACAGAGAAUCAGAGUGAAACAGAACCAGGCUUAACAGAGUCAGAUGGAACCAGGCUAAACAGACAAUCAGAUGGAACCAGGCUAAACCGACAGUCAGUUGGCAUGGAACAGAACCAGGCUAAACAGACAGUCAGCAUGGAAAGUCACGUAAUCAUUACUAGACCGGUGUUCUCCCCCCUGCUUGAGAAAGAGCAGGCUUUGAGUGACUUAGCAUUAUUUGUCUAGUUAAUACAUCACUCCUCUCACACCGAUGGGACAUUCACUAAAGUGCCUCUGCAUCAUGUUCUCAAAUUCAGGACCAAAGAUCACACGUGAUUGUAGCUAGAGAUGAAUAUGGUGCGGUCUGUUCUUUUUGUCGGUCGGAGCAGCUUUUUCCAGUCUUUUACAAAAAUAUGUAGAAAUGUGUUAGUGUCAGGUUAGCUGGCACGUAUAACUGUUAAUGAGUAACCCUGAUGGUGCAUACACAGAGAUAGGGCCAUUGAGUUCAGACCUUAGAUUUUAAGUAUAGGAGAGGAGACUUCAGUACAUUUAUUUAGCCACACAUAUGAGAUAUCGGACCAUCUAUUAGGGAUUGUAGAUAUUGAAUCAAUGUGUUCAUUUCAAUUAAACUCAGAUUUGAUUUCAAAAUCCCCUUAGUUGACAACUCAAUCAAAUAUCAAUCCAUACAGACAUUGAUCUUAAUCUGAUGCCUGUGUCCAGAGGGUUAAUUAGGCUACGGCCCAUACUGCCUACUGUCCAAUUAUGCAUGACCUCAAACCUCUGCCCUCUGUGCCAUCAGGCUGAAUAAGAUCCGGGUGGUGGUUCCAGAUGAGCCAGACCUUCUGAGACACGUGACCCAGCUGGAUGUGCGUGACAACGGGCUGGAGGAGCUGGAUGCUUCCCUCUUCCCCCGUCUGGAGGUCCUCCACUGUGAGAGGAACCACAUCGCCACCCUCAAGGCCAAGGGCUCCAUGCUCAAGGCUGUCUAUGCACAGAACAACGGUGGGUCUGCAUCCCCAGUUAGAGUCCAUCUAUGCCUGCUGUGCUUGUAAGGAUGUAGUUGGGUGAAGUUGACCCUAGACGCUGAUUUUGGGUCAGUUUCGCAUUUUCCACACUAAUGGUUAAAGCUGAGAUCCGCGAUAGAUGAAACAACGCCACUGGCCGCCCCAGGUGAAUUUGUUAUUCUUUUUGUUUUGAGACAAUGAGCAUCCAGCAUCAUUGUAAAAAUAUGUUGGACAUACUGUUUUUUAUAUACAUAUUGCACGUGCAUAUAAAAAACAGUGUUCAUUGUUAGAAGUAACGUCUUUGUUGUUGUAAUAUCGCAAACGGACGUGGGGAGGGCCUGCUGCAUCUGGAAUUCCUCCACUAUUGCCAGUGUCAUUCUCAAUCUCCAUCACUACCUAGCUACAGCGUCUGGUUCCAUUUGUCAUGUCACACAGAUUGGUGGUUUAAUGCUCUCUUAUUGUGUUCUCUUCUACAGAGCUACAGGAACUGGAUGUCAGCCCAGUGCCCUCCAACCUCACCUAUAUGGACAUCUCCAGGUGAGGCCAACAACUUCCCUUAAACACUCAACAUUACUGAAAAUACUGUACAGACACUUUCUAAAACCUAACAUACUCACAAAGCCUCUUCAAACCUGACCUCUCUCUUCCCCUCUCCCUCUCUCUGUAGGAAUCGUAUGGAGGCCAUCCCAGAGUGGCUGUGUGAGAUUAAGAAACUAGAAGUUCUGGACAUCAGCCACAACCUCGUUACUGAGCUCCCAGCACGGUCAGUCUCUCUCUCUCUCUCUCUCUCUCUCUCUCUCGCUCUCGCUCUCUCUAUCUAGCGCUAUCUACGGUCAGUCUCUCUCUGUCUCUCUCUAUCCAUCUCUAUUUACGGUCAGUCUCUCUCUCUCUAUCUAUGGUCAGUCUGUCUCUAUCUCUAUCUAUGGUCAGUCUCUCUCUGACUCUCUCUGUCUAUCUCUAUCUACGGUCAGUCACUCUCUCUAUCCAUCUCUAUCUAUGGUCAGUCUCUCUCUAUCUAUGUAUGGUCGGUCUCUCUCUCGCUCUAUCUAUCUCUAUUUACGGUCAGUCUCUCUCUAUCUCUCUCUCGCUCUCAAUUCAAUUCAAUUCAAAGGGCUUUAUUGGCAUGGGAAACAUUGCCAAACAUAAACUUCUCUCUCUCUCUCUCUCUCUCUCUCUCUCUCUCUCUCUCUCUCUCGCUCUCUCUCUCUAUCUAGGUCUAUUUACGGUCAGUCUCUCUCUCUCUCUCGCUCUCAAUUCAAUUCAAAGGGCUUUAUUGGCAUGGGAAACAUUGCCAAACGUAAACUUCUCUCUCUCUCUUUUUCUCUAUCUACGGUCAGUCUCUCUCGUCGGAGUGCAUGCUGGGAGUGAGUCGUGAAGCUGGAGUGAUUGUGAGAGCGACUGGAAUUCUUUUCACUCCAUUGGGUUUCGGUGUAUAUACAGUGCUAUGAAAAAGUAUUUGCCCCCUUUCUAAUUUUCUCUACUUUUGCAUAUUUGUGAUACUGAAUGUAAUGAGAUCUUCAACCAAAACCUAAUAUUAGAUAAAGGGAACAUAAGUGAACAAAUAACACAACAAUUACAUAUUUAUUUAAUUUAUUUCAUAAACAAAGUUAUGCAACACCCAAUUCCCCUGUGUGAAAAAGUAAUUGACCCCUUACACUCAAUAACUGGUUGUGCCACCUUUAGCUGCAAUGACUCCAACCAAAUGCUUCCUGUAGUUGUUGAUCAGUCUCUCACGUCGCUGUGGAGGAAUUUUGGCCCACUCUUCCAUGCAGAACUGCUUUAACUCAUUGACGUGUGGGUUUUCAAGCAUGAACUGCUCGUUUCAAGUCCUGCCACAACAUCUCAAUUGGGAUUAGGUCUGGACUUUGACUAGGCCAUUCCAAAACUUCCAAUCUGUUGCUUUUUAGCAAUUUUCAUGUAGACUUGAUUGUGUGUUUUGGAUCAUUGUCUGCAUUACCCAGCUGCGCUUCAGCUUCAGCUCACAGACAGAUGGUCUGACAUUCUCCUGUAGAAUUCUCUGAUACAGAGCAGAAUUCAUGGUUCCUUCUAUUAAGGCAAGUCGUCCAGGUCCUGAGGCAGCAAAGCAUCCCCAAACCAUCACACCACCACCACCAUGCUUGACCUUUGGUAUGAUGUUCUUACUGUGUAAUGCAGAGUUUGGGAUGUUGUGGCAGGACUUGAAACGAGCAGUUAAUGCUUGAAAACCCACACGUCACUGAGUUAAAGCAGUUCUGCAUGGAAGAGUGGGCCAAAAUUCCUCCACAGCGACGUGAGAGACUGAUCAACAACUACAGGAAGCAUUUGGUUGGAGUCAUUGCAGCUAAAGGUGGCACAACCAGUUAUUGAGUGUAAGGGGUCAAUUACUUUUUCACACAGGGGAAUUGGGUGUUGCAUAACUUUGUUUAUGAAAUAAAUUAAAUAAAUAUGUAAUUGUUGUGUUAUUUGUUCACUUAUGUUCCCUUGAUCUAAUAUUAGGUUUUGGUUGAAGAUCUGAUAACAUUCAGUAUCACAAAUAUGCAAAAGUAGAGAAAAUUAGAAAGGGGGCAAAUACUUUUUCAUAGCACUGUAUAUAUAUAUAUUGAUUAGUUUAGUUGUUUUAAGGUUAUCUUGUCUCACUAUCACUAAGCACGUAUAGGGGUGGUGGGAUCGUUGAGGUUGUUUUUCUCGAGGGCGCAACCAAUGGGUGGGGAAGGUUGCAAUGGCCACUCGCGGAGGUUUGGAGUUUGAAAAACUUAGUCGGCGGCAUGGAGUAAAGAUUCCUGCUGCAGCAGGGUGUUCAGUGGAAGAAUGUAGCUUAGCAGUAGGUGCUAUCAUUGGGUAUGAUAGCAUAAAAUCAGCCUCAAGGAUGAAUAGCGCUGUAGUGAUACUCGUAGAUUCCAUUGAAAAGGUGAAUAAGAUAGUUGAGAGUGGUAUUGUGUUGCGGGAGACACAGACGUCGGUAUUUCCUCUUAUGAAUCCGGCGAAGAAAGUUAUACUUUCUAACGUGCCACCAUUUGUUAGAGAUGAAGUGUUGGAGCGAGAGUUAUCUCGUCAUGGUCAACUUUUUUGGAUGCAAAUCUCCUUUGUGCAUAUGAUUUUAAAGAAGGACACUGACGUUCAGUUUUAAGAUUGAUGGAUUUGAUUAUGUCUUCUACGCUUCUACUGAAUCAAUGAAAUGCUUUGGCUGUGGAAGAGAGGGGCAUUUGGUACGUUAUUGUCCCGAGAACGAGCGCGCGGAGCCCGGUAGCAGCUCUAGUGCUGGUACAGCUAAUGCACCACCGCAAAGGGAUGAACAUGCUAAGGGUGCAGGGGAAGGGAGAAAGGAAGCAGUGUGGCUACGGGGGCAAUUGUGGUAGAUCAGAACAAAGAGGGAGGGGAAACAGUCGGUGAAAUUGCGACUGCGGUCGCUGAGGUGGUGCUGGAAAAUGAAAUUGGAGGUCAAGAGGAGAUUGAAAUAAUGGAAAAGGAAGCAUCUGUUUUCAAAGUACCGAGGAGUAAGAGGAAGAAUUUAAGGGGUGGUGAAGGGCCUAAUUCUAAGAGGACAGUAGAGAUUGAUAAAUCAGUUGAGGAUAAACAGGUUGUAGAGAUGGUGGAGUUUUCUUCUGGGGAGGAUAGCGAGAGUGAGUCAUCUGACGCGUCACAACAAAAUAGUGAGAGAAAUGGGGUGGAAGGGAGGUAUGGGAUUGAGAAGGUAUGUCAAUUUCUGAAUUUGACAAAAGGGAAGAAAUAUAUGCAGGAUUAUAAUGUAACAGAUGUUUUUCCUGAAUGUGAAUUGUUUAUUGAAUCAGCAAAGUUUCUGAUGUAAAAAAUAACAGGGGGAGGUUUGACAAUCCUUGAAAUUGCUAGACUCAAGAAAGUGGUCACGAGAGUGAUAAGUGAUGUCAAUUCUAAAGGAAAUGAAAGAGUUCGGGCGCAGCCUUAACUCUGUAAAGAGAUGUGGUUUCUGGGUCUUCCUCUGUAUUUUAUUUUCAUCCAUGAGCAGUUUUAAGAUUUCUUCUUUAAACAUAAAUGGGGCAAGAGACGUUAAAAGAAGAGCCGUAGUGUAUGAGUUAAGAGAAAGGGAAGUAACAUACGUUUUCUACAAGAAACCCAUAGUAAUAUGGAAAAUGAAGUUAUGUGGCAACAGGAGUGGGGGGGACAGUGGUGUGUAGUCAUAAAAACUUGUUCUCAAAAGGGUUUUUGCCUUUGUCAUAUGAGGUAGUUGAGGGGAGGUUAUUAAACGUUAGAGCGAGGUAUGAAAACAUCACUAUGUGUCUGAUAAAUGUAUAUUCCCCAGUGGUGGCAGCUGAGAGGGUAUGUUUUUUAGAGACAUUAUCAAAUACCAUUGAGAAAUGUAAUACUGAGGAUUAUUUAUUUAUUGCUGGGGAUUUUAACUGCACAGUCAGUGAUUUAGAUAGAAAUCACAAAGAACCUCAUAUAGCCUCAAGGACUUUUUUAAAACGCUUAAUUGUAACACAUGAACUGUGUGAUAUUUGGCGGAGUCAACAUGGAGGCACGAGACAGUACACAUGGGCACAUGUAAGAGAGAACACCAUCUCUAUGGUCAGGUUAGAUAGGUUUUAUUGUUUUGAGCAUCAAUCUCAGGUCUGUAAAUCAAGUGUGAUAACCCCAGUGGGAUUUUCUGAUCAUUGUUUAAUAACGGAGGUGGUGUUCAUUAAUGCUGUAAAACCAAAAAGCUCAUACUGGCAUUUUAAUAUAACUUUAUUGAGUGAUGGUCACUUCAGGAAAUGUUUUAGUUUUUUCUGGGAGAGGUGGAGGUCUCAAAAAAACAGUUUUGUAUCCCUUCAACAGUGGUGGGAUAUAGGGAAAAUCCAGAUUCAACAAUUAUGUAAUCAAUACACGAUGAAUGUCACCAAUGACAUCACCAGAUCAAUGAAAGCCCUUGAGUCUGAAAUAGUGGAACUCCUGACGUUGGUUGAGACCACAGGAGGUCGAGGCCAUACUCAGGCCCUCAAGAGGAAAAAAAGCUGCUUUGGCAGACCUGCUGGGUAUCAGAGCACAGGGGGCAUUGGUGAGAAGAACGUUUCAGGGAAUCUCUGAAAUGGAUGCCUCAUCAACAUUUUUAUUUGGUUUAAAGAAAAAGAAUGGACAAAGAAUAAUUAUUCAUUGCCUAAAAUCAGCUGGUGGACAGGAGCUCACUAGCCCUAGUGAAAUUAGAAAGAGGGCUAUUCCAUGCCUCUGGUGCACAAGACGAGAAGGCAGUCUUGCCUAAUACUGUAAAUGUACUGUGGACUUUAAGUAGCAACCACCUAGCAGACCAGGAAUGGUAACUGCUGGUGGUGAAGGAGACCAGACUACAGAGUUAAAGAGGGAGUUUACCCAAAAGGGCUUUGUAGAUGAACACGUACAAAUGUAGCUUUCUGCGCAUAUAAAGUGAGGUCCAACCCACCAUUUGGUACAAGGUGCAAUUUGUAAUAAAGCGCAAAGAUGCAUGUAGCUCAGUUGGUAGAGCAUGGUGCUUUUAGCGCCAGGGUUGUGGGUUCGAUUCCCACGGGGGACCAGUAUGAAAGAAAAUGAAAAUGUAUUCACUCACUAACUGUAAGUUGUUCUGGAUAAAGAGUGUCUGCUAAAUGACUAAAAUGUAAUAAACAGAGUCCAGUUUCUGUAAGACAGAGGAGGCUGCAUGCAUAUACAACAAGUCAUCAUAAUCAAUUACAGAGAGAAAAGUGGCCUGAACAAGCUUCUUUCUAGCCAUAACCGGGAAGCAAGCCUUACUACGAAAAUAAAACCCCAAUUUCAAUUUAAGCUUCCUCACAAGAUUAUCCAUAUGAACUUUAAAGGACAACUUGUCAUCCAACUAUAUACCUAGGUAUUUGUAGGAUGACACUUUUUCAAUGGAUAAGCCACCAGAUGUGACAAUGCUAACCUUCUCUGGUAAAGGUCAUGCAUUUUGUUUUUUGUACAUUCAAGACCAGUUGUAGACCAUAAAGGGAGGCCUGCAGUGACUGAAAAGCAGUCUGGAGCUCUUCAACAGCCUGAACCAGAGAAGGAGCACAUUAUUAUAUGACUGUAUCAUCUGCAUAUAGAUGCAACUUUGCUGGUUGCAUCAAAUUUCCCAGAUCAUUAAUAAAAAAAUUGAGAACAACACCUGGGGCACACCUCUAUUAAUCUCAAGAAAACUAGACUUGUGAUUGUCAGCAUAUACACAUUGUGUUCUGUCAGAAAGAUAGUUCCUAAACCAAUUUACUGCCCCUUCACUGAGACCAAUGUUACUGAGUCUAGCUAGCAACAAUUCAAGGUCAAUUGAAUCAAAUGCAUUUGAUGAAUCAAAUGCAUUUGAUAAAUCAACAAACAGAACAGCACAAUGUUGCUUUUUAUCAAAUGUGUUUAUGAUGUAAUUUGCCACUGCCAUAGCUGCAGUUGUGGUGCUGUGCCCCGAUCUAAAGCCAGAUUGAACCCUGCUCAGUAUGUUAUUUUCAAUUAGAAGUUAUUUAACUGUGAGAUCACUAGGAACUUUGGCCAGGAUAGGGAGUUUGGAGAUAGGACGAUAGUUAUUAGCAUCUGAGGGAUCUCCACCCUUUAGUAGUGGGAGGACAUAAGCUGAUUUCCAAAUGCUGGGUAUGGGAUUGGUCAAGAGACUCAAGUUGAAAAUGUGAGGUAAAAUCUUUAGAGGUAGGGAUCCAGGUUGUCUGGACCUGCAGACCUUUUAAAGUCUAUUGCCUUUAGUGCUUUAUAGACCUCAGCAUAAGAAACAGGCUCAAAGUUAAAAUGGUUCACAUGAGAGCCUAUAUCAUAGUUUACUGUAACAGAGCUUACAUUAGAGGCUUGGGCCCCACCAUUAUCAAAAACUGAACCAGCAGAUAUGAAGUGCUUGUUAAAAACUCCUACAAUAUCAGCUUUAUCCUUCACUUCAUUAGAACCCAUCAUUAAAUGGUCAGGAAGGCCAGAGGAUACAUUAGAACCUGACACUGAUUUGAUUAGCUUCCAGAACUUGGUAGGGUUGUUUAGGUUCUCUGCAACUGCAUUUAGAUAGAAAUCUGAUUUGGACUUCCUGAUCAAUCCUGUACAUUCGUUUCGUAGCGCUUUGAAGGCGGCCCAGUCAACAGGAGCAUUUGUAUGUCUAGCUUGAGCCCAAGAGACAUUUCUCUUUCUAAAUAAUUCUGCCAAGUUAUCUGAAAACCAGGGAUUGUCCCUUUCACUGAUUCUCAAUUUCUUCACAGGGGCAUGCUUAUCACAAAAGGACACACAUUUCAUAUAAAAAUAGUCCCAGGCAUUGUUAACAUCGGGAAUCAGACUUAUUCUGUCAAUAUUAUGGUACAGAUCAUGUAAGAAUGCUUGCUCAUCAAACUGUCUAAAAUGUCUUUUAAAAAUAUAAUGGGGUUUGGCUUUUGUCUUUUUUGUAUUUCUAACACAAGCAAUUGCACAAUGAUCACUGACAUCAUUACAGAAUAUCCCAGUUGAUGUGUAUUUGUGAGGGGUAUUCGUUAGAAGAAUGUCCAACAGGAUACUGUACAAUCCCUCUCUGUAUUCUCCAAAUGGCUCUUUCUCAAUAGUCUAAAAUGGCUUCAUUUUCUUGUCUCCUUUCCUUCGUAGCCACUGAUAAGUCAAAAGACUGGAUGGGUUUUCACCAUGUGUAUUCCACCUCUCAUGUCCUGCCAGAUCAGUGAUCAUGGAGGGAAGGAAAAAAGGAAGUUAGUUUAGACUGUUGAGACGCAGCCAGUAGUCUCAUUUAGUCCCUCUGGACACUUAAUCUUAUAUCUGUGUGCCCCCGCCUCAUGGUCAGUCUUCUAUCCCCCACAAAGCACCAUGAAUCAACCAGAUAGCCUAUCACCACCAUCCCAUCCUCUCUCUUUCUCUUUUUAUAUCACCCUCUAGGUCACUUCAGAUGCUCCUUUCUUUCUUUCUUUCUUUCUUUCUUUCUUUCUUUCUUUCUUUCUUUCUUUCUUUCUUUCUUUCUUUCUUUCUUUCUUUCUUUCUUUCUUUCUUUAUUUCUUUCUUCUCACUGUAUUAUCUCUCUCCCUUUCCCUUUCUCCCUCUUUCUCUCUCUCCUUUGUUCUCUCCCCUCUCAUUCUUUCUCUUUCUCUCUCUCACGCCAUCUCUCUCACUCCAUCUCUCUCUCUCUCUCUCUCUCUAUCCCCUAUCUCUCUCUGCAGAUCUAUAUUUUACUCAGGAUGUGUCAAAAUUAUGAAUCUUAGCUGCAGGCUCCACUAGAGGCGCUGAUAUGUUCUGUUUUCACAUCUUCAUCCCUUCCCCACCCCCAUUCCAUGCCUUCUAUUACGACCCAGUUUAGACACACAUCACGCGCGCACAAGCGCACAGAAACGCAUGCACACACCGCCCCCAGUAGACCAGCUGCACUGUGAUAGUGUGUCCGUUUGUCUUCGUAAGCACAGAAGGUCUUUUAGCUGCAUUAAGCACAAGCCACAUGUCGGUUUAUCGCCAAUUCCCUAAACGUAUGUGUCUUCUUUCUGAAGAAUUAUCGGUGCAUCUUUUACAAGCAUACUUUCCUUGUCUCCACUCCUUUGUCUUAACUGAUCUGAACACACAGACUAAGUGAAGGUAAUAUGAAGGCAUUUUCUUUCACCUGUCCUGUUCUGAAUUUCUUUAUCAGUGCAGCUGGAGAAAAGGAGAAGAGGCGAGGAAGCCACUUGAGACUAUUGAGUUGCAGCCCCUGUUUCUCUCCUCCUGUCUGACUCUGACCAUUGAGAUGCAGCCCAUGUCUCUCCCAUUGUGACUGUGAUGUUGUUCUAGGUUGUGAUACUGACGUCUCUUCACUCCCCCCUACUGGCAGGUUGCUGUGUAGCAGCAGUCUGAGGAAGCUGAGUGCGGGACACAACCACCUACAGAAGCUGCCUGAGAGAGUAGAGCGCCCACUACUGGAGGUGUUGGACGUACAACACAACCAGCUAGCAGAGCUGCCCUGCAACCUCUUCCUCAAAUCUGACAGGUAGCACAACAUUACAGACAUAUAUUACAUAUAGGAUGUUAAACAUACAAUGAAAUGAUUACAUGGUAGUGAAUGAAACUCAGUGUGUAUAAAAGUAAAUGAAUGAUAUGCCUGUAAUGUUGAGAUGAAAUAUGAUCUGUGUUGUUUGUAUCAAUAUAACAGCAUGAGGUGUCCUUAGGUUAUUACCCCAGUUAUUUACUAGUUAUUAUAAGUUAUUACACAUGUUAAUACAAGUUAUUACACGCUAUUACUAUCCCUGCUAAAAUAUGUCUAAUGGUUGAAAUACUGACAUUAGGGCUCACUUCCUGUUUCAGUUUGCGGUGCCUGAAUGCCUCAGCCAAUAAGCUGGAGCACCUGCCUCCCUCCAGCCUAUCAGAGGAGAGCAACAGCGUCCUACAGGAACUGUACCUCACCAACAACUGUCUGACUGAUAAGUGUGUUCCCUUACUGACGGGACACACACACCUCCGAGUACUACACAUGGCCUACAACUACCUGCAGACCUUCCCUGCCAGGUGAGUGGAUAGAUGUAGGCUACAUCUCACACACACACACACACACACACACACACACACACACACACACACACACACACACAAAAUAACUGUUUCUUUGUCUACCACACAUACAGUACACUGUCUCUUAUACAUAAAUACUCACUGACUAUCCCUUUUCCUUCUCUGUAGUAAAAUGGCCAAGUUGGAGGAGCUGGAGGAGUUGGACCUGAGUGGGAACAGGCUGAAGACGGUGCCCACCACCAUCAUGAACCUCAGACGCAUGCACACACUCAUCGCCCACUCCAACACCAUAGAGGUCUUCCCUGAGGUCAUGCAGCUUAUGGAGAUGAAGGUAAGUGUGUGUGCAUGCGUGCGUGCAUAUGCAUUUGUGUGUGUGUGGAUGCGUGUGUGUGUUAACCCUCUCCUGUCUCUCCUCAGUGUGUAGAUCUGAGCUGUAAUGAGCUGAGUGAGAUCACCCUGCCUGAGAACCUGCCUCCUAAACUCCAGGAGCUGGACCUGACUGGCAACCCUCGCCUCAAUCUGGACCACAAAACCCUGGAACAACUCAAGUAAGUAUUCUAUUAGUAGACAAAUUGUGAUUAAAGAUGAACAGAAUCAAAUUGAAUUAUUUAUUAAUUUGUCUGUGUACCUGUAUUCCUGCACUGUGAUCCUUUUAAUAAGUACCCUCUCUCCUCUUCGUUGUAGUAACAUCCGCUGUUUCCGCAUCGACCCGCCCCCGAUCUUCUCAGCCAAUGAGGCGUCGGGUGGGCCGGCUGUGUGGAGUCAUGGUUACACAGAGGCCUCGGGCGUCAAGAACAAGUGAGUAACAUACUACACUACACUACAGGAUACAACCACAUCAUGUGUGAAUCAAAUGGGCCACCAUGGGAGAGCUUUCAAAACACUAGCAAAGUUACCAUGGUGACUAAGACGAAUACGUCAGUCAGUGAGGUCAAUGGGGGGGGCAGUAGAGAUAGUCUGGGUGGGUGUAUGCACACGUCCAUCUGUCCGUGUGUGUGACAGAUGUGAGAGAGAGAUGCAAUGCUGGGGAACUACAGUAUGUGUUAAACUCUAAACAUCCUUGAGGGCAUAUUAUUAACGUUUUGCGUGUCUGUGCUUUUGUGUUUGUGUAAUGUGUGUGUGUGCUUGUGCGUGUGCAUUCGUGUGUGUGUAUGUGUUUCCAGGCUGUGUGUGGCCACCCUGUCGGUGAACAGUUUCUGUGGGAGUCGUGAGGCCCUGUAUGGGGUGUUUGAUGGAGACAGGAACGUGGAAGUGCCAUACCUGCUGCAGUGUACCAUGAACGAUGUUCUGGCCGAAGAGCUACACAAGACCAAUAGUGAAGAAGACCAUAUGACCAACACCUUCCUUGUCAUGCAGAGGUAUAUAUGGAACACACACACACACAGAGAGACAUACACCUUCACAUUUAGACAGUAUCAGAUAGGCAAUCUUCUCCUUUUCUCUCUGUCUGUGCCACAGGAAGCUGGGUACGGCAGGGCAGAAACUGGGUGGCUCGGCGGCCCUGUGCCACAUCAGACACGACCCCACCGACCCAGGCGGCUGCUUCACCCUCACCGCUGCCAACGUAGGCAAGUGCCAGGCCAUCCUGUGUCGGGACGGCAAGCCACUGCCCCUCUCUCUGCUUCACAACGUAGGCCUGGAGGAAGAGUACCGACGCAUCAGACAACACAACGCCAUCAUCACUGAGGUACACAGAGAGGGGUGUCAAAAUCAAAUCAAAUUUUAUUGGUCACAUACACGUGUUUAGCAGAUGUUAUUGCAGGUGUAGCGAAAUGCUUGUGUUUCUAGCUCCGACAGUGCAGUAAUAUCUAACAAGUAAUAUCUAACAAUUUCACAACAUAUACCCUAUACACACAAAUCUAAGUAAAGCAAUGGAAUUAAGAAUAUAUCAACAAAUAAAUGGACGAGCAAUGUCAGAACGGCAUAGACUAAGAUACAGUAGAAUAGUAUAGAAUACAGUAUAUCAUAUGAGAUGAGUAAUGCAAGAUAUGUAAACAUUAUUAAACUGACUAGUGUUCCAUUUAUUACAUUGGCCAGUGAUUUAUAAUAUAUGUAUAUAGGCAGCAGCCUCUAAUGUGCUAGUGAAUGGCUAUUUAACAGUCUGAUGGCCUUGAGAUAGAAGCUGUCCCAGCUUUGAUCCACCUGUACUGACCUCGCCUUCUGGAUGAUAGCGGGGUGAACAGGCAGUGGCUCGGGUGGUUGUUGUCCUUGAUUAUCUUUUUGGCAUUCCUGUGACAUCGGGUGCUGUUUGUGUGUGUGUGAGUGUGCGGAGAGAGAGGAGAGGUUAUGAUUGUAUUAUGCGUGUUUGUGUGGGGGUGUAACAGUGUGUAAGAGGCUGUUAAUUUAAAUGAAAUAGUUCUCCAAAUGAAAUAGUACUGAUAUAAAAGCUUGUGAUGCACAUCAAUUCCAUUUCACUUUAAAUUCUAUAACCCCCGAAGGUUAUGCAGGGCUCCACAUUCAGGUACAUUUGCCAGUAUCACACCAGGCCAGUGGCAACAGAAAGCUACUUGCCUGAAUGAAAAAAAUACUGGCCUGGGUCAAGAUCUGACAGUAAAGCGAAUGAUGCGUACAUCAUUUCAAUUAGCAGGUGAUCUUAUCUUUCUUUUGGGCUGAGCAGGUAGCCUAUACUAUACAGGGUUCAUACAGACAUUGGCAAGUCAAAUUGAAAGACUUUCAAUGACUUUUUCAAGCACUUAAUUGUAAUUUUCUAGGAACUGCAUUUCAUAUAGAAAAAAAACUCUCCCCAAAAAUGUAUGCAAAAAAGUAGCCAUUACCACUUGAAGAAUUAAUACAUUUUUAAUAGGCCUUCCCAUUGGCAUUAUGCAUUUCCAUUCAUAUUAUUUUUACAUUCUAAAAUAUCUCAGAAUAAUGUGGGCAUUGCCUGACUAAAUACACUGCAUGCACCGUUAGUCCCGGUGCAUGCUAAGGAAGUCUGUCCAUGUGGUAGCUAGUCAGUCUAGCCAUUUGAGAUGUUGUCUUGCCCAUAAUAAGAACACAUGGUUCUACCGCAACGAAAGCUACAGACUAGCGCAACACUCGUCAAUUGAAAUGUCGGGAAACAAACAAAAGCGUUCAUAAAAACUAAUCAGAACUGAAAUCACAGAAUAAUUAUAUUGGAGCAGUACAACUUCUAAAUUGGCUAGCCUACCAUAACUUCAAGGACUUUUCAAGGACCAAAUGCCUGAUUUAAUCUAUUGCAUGAUGACUGAUUUACGCAUUGCAAAUAUUGAACCAAGACUUUGAACUUUUUAAAUACCUGGUUUGCAUACCCAUUCUUUUACUGGUAGAUAUCAUAACUUGGAACAUAUUUUCUAGUGGUGAUUUUAGCAUGUAAAUCUUGGUGGAGCAAACAAAAAAUAUAUGUUUUAUGCAUGCCAGCAAAGCCACAACACAACACUAAACAUACAUUCAUUGCACUCUAACGGUGACAAACGGUGCCCACAAACUGUUAGGGCCUACAUAAAGCUGUCCCAACAGCAGAGCUUUCUUUGCAGCACCAUGGAGUGAAUCCUUACCACCGCUACACCUGGCUAUCAGCGGAGCCUUGUCUGGCAGGGAAACAGUUCAUUCAGCCUCAUUUACUGCCUUUUUAAAAAACAUAGCUGAUAUGGCUGACUUGCUUAAACAAAUGUGGUUUCUACUGACAAUUGAGAUGUACAAUCUAUGGCAUAAGGGAACGACGAGUGGAUAAGAGGCAAUCCGUAAUUUCGAUUAAGACAUUAAUGAGCGAGCUAGGACGGACGUAGUCAAUAUAACUAUUUGUUCAGCACUUUUGAAAUGUACAGCGACAGAAUUAAGAACAUGGGCCGUUCUUACAUUAUUCUCCCUGUACACCAAGUCAGAACCAUAGGAUAAAUAAAGGGGGCAUAUAAGCACACAAUGAAAGCUCUUACAAUAUUCAAUGAUUACAUUUCUCUAAAACAGGCUACUAACUGCUUACUACACAACAUACACUGAGUAUUACAUUCUUGGCUACAGUAUACAUAUCUCCCUGGCAUAUUACAUCAUUUAUGCAGCAGCAUACAAUACAUUUUUGGACUCACCUUGUUGUGCUGUGCUCACUUGAACAGGAAGGUGGCGCAGCGGUCCUUCUUGUGGACUCUAGAAAGAGACCUGAGUUCCCGACUUGGAAUCCCGAGUUGCAUGACCGUUCAAAAUAUUUUUUCCGGACUCUCCCAUUCGGAGAGUUCCCAGUUCUCUUGAACUCACUGAAGUCUGAGAUUUCCCAGUUCCGAGUUUUCAGUUGUUGUGAACAUGGCAGAAGUCAUGCUGGAUUGGCGCAGUGGUCUAAGGCUCUGCAUCGCAGUGCUAGCUGUGCCACUAGAGAUCCUGGUUCGAAUCCAGGCUCUGUUGUAGCCGGCCGCGACCGGGAGACCCAUGGGGCGGCGCGCACAAUUGGCCCAGCGUCGUCCAGGUUAGGGGAGGGAAUGGCCGGCAGGGGAUAUAGCUCAGUUGGUAGAGUAUGGCGUUUGCAACGCCAGGGUUGUGGUUUCGAUAAAAUAAUGUAUGCACUAACUGUAAGUCGCUCUGGAUAAGAGCGUCUGCUAAAUGACUAAAAUGUAAAUGUAAGGCCAAUAUAUUCAAACUUUAACAAUUGGAUAUCACGAAAUUGGGGAGACAUUUUUUUCUUUUUUUUUGGAUUCACAUGCAACACCAUGGGCCAGAAGUUAGGAUCUUGUCUCAUCGCUGCAACUCCCCUAUUGACUCAGUGAAGGUCGAGAGCCACUGCUUCUUGACACACUGCUCGCUUAACAUGGAAGCCAGCCCGCACCAAUGUGUCGGAGGAAACCCAGUCGAACUGAAGACCGCAGUGAGCUUGCAGGCGCCCGGUUUGCCAAAAGGGGUCGCUACAGCACGAUGAGACAAGGAAAUCCCAGCUUGCCAAACCCUCCACUAAUCCGGACGACGCUGGGCUAGUUGUGCGCCGUCCAAUGGGUCUCCCGGUCACGGCCGGCUGUGACACAGCCUGGGAUUGAACCCGAGGCUGCAGUCGUGCCUCAGCACUCAUUGUUGAAUUUGCGAUUUCCAACUUGUUGUGUAAUGUUUGUCCAAUGGCCGAUGAGCACCGAUACGUUUUAUCUAUAAUUUCUCUUCAUAUGACAAGGAUUGAAAAGGAUUUGCCAGUAGAUUGUCGACUUGAUUCAUGAUGACUGCUUGUCUAGCUUGCUAGCUAAGAUUUUGAAAGUAUGAUAUUGACAUGAUCAGUCCAAUCAAAGCUACUGUAGAUAUAACGUGAUUUGUCGUCAUUUUAUCUGUGGCCAAUGACCUUGAGCCUUCUUGGAUGGGCACUUCUAAUGUAAGUCUAUGGCAGCACUCAAGGGGGCUUGAAUAUUUGAGCUCUACCUGUAGAUUUUGUCGUGACGAAGUGGCCCCAUGAGUGACAGAACACUGAGCCAAUCACGGCGCAACUAGAGAAAAUAACCAACCCCUAUGCUCCCUAUUUUCCGCUGGCUGUCCACAGAAAGCACGGAGCUAGGCUGAAACACCUGCAUUUUGGAGCUGCCUUACUCAAGAAAGCCAAAAUAACAUGCGAAACAGGCACAAAAGAAAAUAACCAAUCAAAAGUCUGGACACACCUACUCAUUCAAUCAAAUGUAUUUAUGAAGUCCUAUUUACAUCAGCAGAUGUCACAAAGUGCUAUACAGAAACCCAGCCUAAAACCCCAAACAGCAAGCAAUGCAGAUGUAGAAGCACGGUGGCUAGGAAAAACUCCCUAGAAAGGCAGAAACCUAGGAAGAAACUUAGAGGAACCAGGCUCUGAGGGGUGGCCAGUACCCUUCUGGCUGUGCCCAAUGGAGAUUAUAACAGUAAAGGGCAUUUUCAUAGCCGGGCAUUUAGAGGAUGAAAUAGCAGGUGCGGUAGAGAGAGGGAGUUGAAAACAGCAGGUCUGGGACAAGGUAGCACGUCCGGUGAACAGGUCAGGGUUCCAUAGCCGCAGGCAGAAGAGUUGAAACUGGAGCAGCAGCACGACCAGGUGGACUGGGGACAGCAAGGAGUCAUCAGGCCAGGUAGUCCUGAGGCAUGGUCCUAGGGCUCAGGUCCUCCGGGAGGGAGAGAGAGAGAAUUAGAGGGAGCAUACUUAAAUUCACACAGAACACCAGAUAAGACACCAGAUAUACAGUGGCUUGCGAAAGUAUUCACCCACCUUGGCAUUUUUCCUAUUUUGAUGCCUUACAACCUGGAAUUAAAAUGGAUUUUGGGGGGUUUGUAUCAUUUGAUUUACACAACAUGCCUACCACUUUGAAGAAACAAACAAGAAAUAAGACACAAAAAAAAAGAACUUGAGCGUGCAUAACUAUUCACCCCUCCAAAGUCAAUACUUUGUAGAGCCAACUUUUGCAGCAAUUACAGCUGCAAGUCUCUUGGGGUAUGUCACAUCUAGCCACUGGGAUUUUUGCCCAUUCUUCAAGGAAAAACUGCUCCAGCUCCUUCAAGUUGGAUGGGUUCCGCUGGUGUACAGCAAUCUUUAAGUCAUACCACAGAUUCUUGGAAUGACUAGGCCAUUCCAAGACAUUUAAAUGUUUCCCCUUAAACCACUCGAGUGUUGCUUUAGCAGUAUUCUUAGGGUGAUUGUCCUGCUGGAAGGUGAACCUCCAUCCCAGUCUCAAAUUUCUGGAAGACUGAAACAGGUUUCCCUCAAGCAUUUCCCUGUAUUUAGCGCCAUCCAUCAUUCCUUCAAUUCUGACCAGUUACCCAGUCCCUGCUGAUGAAAAACAUCCUCACAGCAUGAUGCUGCCACCACCAUGCUUCUCUGUGGGGAUGGUGUUCUCGGGGUGAUGAGAGGUGUUGGGUUUGCGCCAGACAUAGCGUUUUCCUUGAUGGCCAAAAAGCUCAAUUUUAGUCUCAUCUGACCAGAGUACCUUCUUCCAUAUGUUUGGGGAGUCUCCCACAUGGCUUUUGGCGAACACCAAACGUGUUUGCUUAUUUUUUUCUUUAAGCAAUGGCUUUUUUUCUGGCCACUCAUCCUUAAAGCCCAGCUCUGUGGAGUGUACGGCUUAAAGUGGUCCUAUGGACAGAUACUCCAAUCUCCGCUGUGGAGCUUUGUAGGUCCUUCAGGAUUAUCUUUGGUCUCUUUGUUGCCUCUCUGAUUAAUGCCCUCCUUGCCUGGUCCGUGAGUUUCGGUGGGCGGCCGUCUCUUGGCAGGUUUGUUGUGGUGCCAUAUUAUUUCCAUUUUUUAAUAAUGGAUUUAAUGGUGCUCUGUGGGAUGUUCAAAGUUUCUGAUAUUCUUUUAUAACCCAACCCUGAUCUGUACUUCUCCACAACUUUGUCCCUGACCUGUUUGGAGAGCUCCUUGGUCUUCAUGGUGCCGCUUGCUUGGUGGUGCCCCUUGCUUAGUGGUGUUGCAGACUCUGGGGCCUUUCAGAACAGGUGUAUAUAUACUGAGAUCAUGUGACACUUAGAUUGCACACAGGUGGACUUUAUUUAACUAAUUAUGUGACUUCUGAAGGUAAUUGGUUGCACCAGAUCUUAUUUAGGGGCUUCAUAGCAAAUGGGGUGAAUACAUAUGCAUGCACCACUUUUCCGUUAUUACUUUUUUAGAAUGUUUUGAAACAAGUUAUUUUUUUCAUUUCACUUAAUCAAUUUUGACUAUUUUGUGUAUGUCCAUUACAUGAAAUUCAAAUAAAAAUCCAUUUAAAUUACAGGUUGCAAUGCAUCAAAAUAGAAAAAACGCCAAGGGGGAUGAAUACUUUUGCAAGGCACUGUAACAGACUGACCCUAGCCCCCCGGCACAUAGACUAUUGCAGCAUAGAUACUGAAGGCUGAGACAGGGGUUCAAUGGUUUUUCUUUAUUUUACUAUUUUCUUGGUGGAGCAAACUAAAAAUUGAUUUGCAUUUUAAUGAGGGAAAUAAGUAUUUGACCCCCUCUCAAUCAGAAAGAUUUCUGGCUCCCAGAUGUAUUUUAUACAGGUAACGAGCUGAGAUUAGGAGCACACCCUUAAAGGGACAUCUGUCCACAGAAGCAAUCAAUCAAUCAGAUUCCAAACUCUCCACCAUGGCCAAGACCAAAGAGCUCUCCAAGGAUGUCAGGGACAAGAUUGUAGACCUACACAAAGCUGGAAUGGGCUACAAGACCAUCGCCAAGCAGCUUGGUGAGAAGGUGACAACAGUUGGUGCGAUUAUUCGCAAAUGGAAGAAACACAAAAUAACUGUCAAUCUCCCUCGGCCUGGGACUCCAUGCAAGAUCUCACCUCGUGGAGUUGCAAUGAUCAUGAGAACGGUGAGGAAUCAGCCCAGAACUACACGGGAGGAUCUUGUCAAUGAUCUCAAGGCACCUGGGACCAUAGUCACCAAGAAAACAAUUGGUAACACACUACGCCGUGAAGGACUGAAAUCCUGCAGCGCCCGCAAGGUCCCCCUGCUCAAGAAAGCACAUAUAAAGGCCCGUCUGAAGUUUGCCAAUGAACAUCUGAAUGAUUCAGAGGAGAACUGGGUGAAAGUGUUGUGGUCAGAUGAGACCAAAAUCGAGCUCUUUGGCAUCAACUCAACUCGCCGUGUUUGGAGGAGGAGGAAUGCUGCCUAUGACCCCAAGAGCACCAUCCCCACCGUCAAACAUGGAGGUGGAAACAUUAUGCUUUGGGAAUGUUUUUCUGAUAAGGGGACAGGACAACUUCACCGCAUCAAAGGGACGAUGGAUGGGGCCAUGUACCGUCAAAUCUUGGGUGAGAACCUCCUUCCCUCAGCCAGGGCAUUGAAAAUGGGUCGUGGAUGGGUAUUCCAGCAUGACAAUAACCCAAAACACACGGCCAAGGCAACAAAGGAGUGGCUCAAGAAGAAGCACAUUAAGGUCCUGGAGUGGCCUAGCCAGUCUCCAGACCUUAAUCCCAUAGAAAAUCUGUGGAGGGAGCUGAAGGUUCGAGUUGCCAAACGUCAGCCUCGGAACCUUAAUGACUUGGAGAAGAUCUGCAAAGAGGAGUGGAACAAAAUCCCUCCUGAGAUGUGUCCAAACCUGGUGGCCAACUACAAGAAACGUCUGACCUCUGUGAUUGCCAACAAGGGUUUUGCCACCAAGUACUAAGUCAUGUUUUGCAGAGGGGUCAAAUACUUAUUUCAAUCAUUAAAAUGCAAAUCAAUUUAUAACAUUUUUGUUGUUAUUCUGUCUCUCACUGUUCAAAUAAACCUACCAUUAAAAUUAUAGACUGAUCAUGUCUUUGUCAGUGGGCAAACGUACAAAAUCAGCAGGGGAUCAAAUACUUUCUUCCCUCACUGUAUAUAUAUAUAUAUAUAAUCUAUAGUACCAGUCAAAAGUUUGGACAUACCUACUCAUUCCAGAGUUGAAUAAUAGUGAAGACAUCAAAACUAUCAACAUCUCUUCAGCACUCCACCAAUCAGGCCUUUAUUGAAGCCACUCCUCAGUAAAAAGGCAUAUGACGGCCCGCUUGCAGUUUGCCAAAAGGCACCUAAAGACUCUCAGACCAUAAGAAACAAGAUUCUCUGGUCUGAUGAAACCAAGAUUGAACUCUUUGGCCUGAAUGCCAAGCGACACGUCUGGAGGAAACCUGGCACCAUCCCUACAGUGAAGCAUGGGUGGUGGUAGUAUCAUGCUGUGGGGGUGUUUUUCAGCGACAUGGACUGGGAGACUAGUCAGUAUCAAGGCAAAGAUGAACGGAGCAUAGUACAGAGAGAUCCUUGAUGAAAACCUGCUCCAGAGAGCUCAGGACCUCAGACUGGGGCGAAGGUUCACCUUCCAACAGGACAACGACCCUAAGCACAUAGCCAAGACAACACAGGAGUGGCUUCGGGACAAGUCUCUGAAUGUCCUUGAGUGGCCCAGCCAGAGCCCGAACUUGAACCCGAUCGAACAUCUCUGGAGAGACCUGAAAAUAGCUGUGCAGCAAUGCUCCCCAUCCAACCUGACAGAGCUUGAGAAGAUCUGCAGAGAAGAAUGGGAGAAACUCCCCAAAUACAGGUGUGCCAAGCUUGUAGCGUCAUACCCAAGAAGAUUCCAGCCUGUAAUUGCUGCCAAAGGUGCUUCAACAAAGUACUGAGGAAAGGGUCUGAAUACUUACACUACCGGUCAAAGGUUUUAGAACACCUACUCAUUCAAGGGUUUUUCACUAUUUUCUACAUUGUAGAAUGAUAGUGAAGAUAUCAAAACUAUGAAAUAUCACAUAUGGAAUCAUGUAGUAACCAGAAAAGUGUUAAACAAAUCAAAAUAUAUUUUAUAUUUGAGAUUCUUCAAAUAGCCUGUCAUCUUUGCCUUGAUGACAGGUUUACACACUCUUGGCAUCUCUCAACCUGCUUCAUGAGGUUAGUCACCUGGAAUGCAUUUCAAUUAACAUCUGUGCCUUGUUAAAAGUUAAUUUGUGGAAUUUCUUUCCUUCUUAAUGCGUUUGAGCUAAUCAGUUGUGUUGUGACAAGGUAGGGAGGGUAUACAGAAGAUAGCCCUAUUUGGUAAAAGACCAAGUCCAUAUUAUGGCAAGAACAGCUCAAAUAAGCAAAGAGAAACGACAUCCAUCGUUACUUUAAGACAUGAAGGUCAGUCAAUACGGAACAUUGAAAGAUCUUUGAACGUUUUUUCAAGUGCAGUCGCAAAAACCAUCAAGCGCUAUUAUGACACGAGCCAAGAAACAUGAGCAAUGGACAUUAGACCGGUGGAAAUCUGUCCUUUGGUCUGAUCAACCGCCGUGUCUUUGUGAGAUGCAGAGUAGGUGAACGGAUGAUCUCCGCAUGUGUGGUUCCCACCGUGAGGUGUGAUUGUGUGGGGGUGCUUUGCUGGUGAUUUAUUUAUAGUUCAAGGCACACUUAACCAGCAUGACUACCACAGCAUUCUGCAGCGAUACGCCAUCCCAUCUGGUUUGCGAUUAGAAGAAUCUAAAAUAUAUUUUGAUUUGUUUAACACUUUUUUGAUUACUACAUGAUUCCAUAUGUGUUAUUUCAUAGUUUUGAUGUCUUCACUAUUAUUUUACAAUGGUAGAGCACGGCGCUUGUAACGCCAAGGUAGUGGGUUCGAUCCCCGGGACCACCCAUACACACAAAAAAAAAUGUAUGCACGCAUGACUGUAAGUCGCUUUGGAUAAAAGCGUCUGCUAAAUGGCAUAUUAUUAUAUUAUAAAUGUAGAAAAUAGUAAAAAUAAAGAAAAAUCCUUGAAUGAGUAGGUAUGUCCAAACUUUUGACUGGUAUUGUAUAUACAUAUAUAUAUAUAUUUUUUUAAAGCUAAACAGAGCCCCACCUGCCCUGAAUGACGCGUCGCCAAUGUUACUACCACUUUCUUACCCUGUUGUUGUUCUUCGUUGAGCUGCAACCUGCAACAACCAGCUUUUUGACAGCUGCACGCACUCUGCCUGACAGAUUAUCUCAAACUGCACUAUAGGCUGUGUGCGGCUCCCGUGUGAUUAAUCAUCGACAUAACGAACUAAUAGCUUGGGAAUUCAUCUGUUUUUAAUCAAUUAUGUAGCCUAGAUUAAAAUAGCAUUAUUACGAUAUUGUUUUCAUUGGCCCAAGCGGGCCACUGACGGAGAUAAUCGACUGGCCCGGAGGGUUUCAAAAACGUCCCCGGGCCAGCGGGUAACCCUGAAUGUCGAGCCCUGUUAUGUGAUUUUGAAGUCUAGUUCAUCAUUGAUACCACACUUAAUUACGUUUCUCUUUUAAUUGAAUUUCCUUUUGAAUUUUGAACUGAACUUUAAUCUUUGUGUGUGUAUGUAUGUGUUAGAAAUACUAACUGCUCCCACUGUAAACAUACUGUGUGUGUAUAUGUUUCUCGGAGGGGUUGGGAUAAAGCAGAAGACAAGUUUCUGUUGGACAUUUAAUGACAUUGGACAAUAAAGUAAUCAUCUUCUUCUUCCUCUACCCCUCUAGGACAACAAGGUGAAUGGAGUGACAGACUCCACCCGCAUCAUGGGCUACUCCUUCCUGUACCCGGCGGUGAUUCCACGGCCCUACGUCUUCACGGUAACCCUCACCCCGCAGGAUGAGUUCUUCAUCCUGGGCAGCCGGGGCUUGUGGGAUUCUGUGUCGCAGUCGGAGGCGGUGGAGGCUGUUCGUAACGUUCCAGAUGGCCUGGCUGCAGCCAAGAAGCUGUGUACGCUGGCCCAGGGCUACGGUUGCACCGACAGUCUCUGUGCCGUGGUGGUCCAGCUCUCUGUGAGUGAGGACUGCUGCUCCUGCUGCUGCAGCGACCCUCCCCAGCCGCCCCCCAGCCCCAGCCUGGGCGGCUACCCCUCCUCGGGGGGUUCAUCGAUAAAGGAGCGGCCCACAGGGGAUGGCUCCCUCCCGGUCCCGCCGUCGUCUUGUAGCGAGAUAAGCAGUGAGAUCAGUACCAGUGAGAUGAGCAGCGAGGUGGGAUCCACAGCCUCCUCUGACGAGCCUCCCCAGAGCUCCCUGGUGCUGCUGCACGAACAGCCCCACCACCAACUGCACCACCAGGCCCACCAGCUCUCCCUCCAGGCCCAGCACGCCGCCCAGCCCUGCCCAUACCCUCACCCAGGCUCAGAGCUCCCUGCCCGGGGUUGCUGUGCUCUCCACCCUGCCUGUCUGAGCGGCUCCUUCCAGAGGCAGCUGUCCAGUGCCACCUUCUCCAGCGCGCUGUCUGACAAUGGGCUGGACAGUGAGGACGAGGAGCCCAUAGCCGGGGUCUUUUCCAACGGGAGCAGAGUGGAGGUGGAGGCCGACAUCCACUGCCUUAGGGCUGAGGCCUCUUUAUCAUCAUCAUCCGGAUGGGAACGCCUGCUGGCCCUUCCUCCACCUCCUCCACCCUGCACCCCGGAACCUCUAGAGGAAGGGGUGGAGCUGAUCUUGGGGGAGGCAGAGACAAGGGAGCAUAGAGAGGAGGGCUGGUCAGUGGGGUCUGGCAGAAAGGGUGAUGAUGGGAAGAUCCUUGGCAAGAGAAGGGGGAAUGGCUCGGUGGCCCCUCAGGAGAAUAGCCACAACCUGAUUGAGGUAGCAGCAGACGCCCCUUCUAAGAAGGGCGGAGGGUAUUUCACAGCCCCCGCCCAGCCCGACCCGGACGACCAGUUCAUCAUCCCUCCAGAGCUGGAGGAGGAAGUCAAGGAGAUUAUGAAGCAGCAUCAGCAGAAACAACAGAAACCACCUAGCCCCGACCAGCCUGCAGACUACUACGACACACCCCUCUGA